AUGAAGCUUAGUCAUCUUUCGAAUGUGAGGAAUAUUAGGAGGGUCGGGAGUGCUGCUUCUAACAAGGAACUUCCAGUGAAUUUCUUCAAUUGGACGGAGACAUAUCUGCUGUCGUCAGAUGUUGUUCAUAAAUAUGGUGGAUAUUUCCUCCCCGCGAAAGUAGCCGAAGAAAAAGGCUUCAAGUUCACCGAUUUUCGCGUAGACUUUUCUUUCCCGAAAAGGAAGUCUGGUAUAUUCGGCUUUGUUUCGAACUGCAAUACUUCUUCGAAGAGGGAACUUGCUCUGAAGAAGCUUGCCAAGUACAUGAAUGUUACUAUUGGUGGAAAAUGUGCACCAGACAAAGCAAAUGUCGAUAUUUGUCCGCUUGGUGGCAACUGUAUGAACAUUUAUAACGACUAUCCAUUCUAUUUAGCUGUUGAGAAUUCAGUAGUUUUUUUCCUUGACCACUUUGCGAUUUCAAGUUCACCUCUGAAAUAUGAGAUCCUUUACAUAGGUGGAUACGAGUCUGCCUAUAGAAGUGCAACUUCACCUUCAUAUAUAGGCCACAUUGGUACGUUGUUAUCGCCAGCACAGGGGCCGGGUCCUAUUGCGCGCCUGUAA